GUUCCGGUGCUCCGGGCCGGGCCGCUCCUCGCCGCUCCCUCCAUUUCGUGCGCCGCUCCUCCCAGCCCCGCACCUGAUUAAAGAUGAAGCGAGCCUUCCCUUCCUCCCUGCCAUGUUCCCCGGCCUCCCCGGCUCGCUUCCCGCUCUGCCUUUUCCCCGUCCUCCCCUCGGUUCUCUCUUUCCCCUUUCCUGCGCGCUCCCGGCCGCGUUCCCCCACCUCCGCUUCACCUCCGCGGUCCCCGUGCCGGGACGCAGCGAUGAGGACCCGUCCCGCCGCCCUUCUCCCACCGGGCAGCCCCGAGCUCAAGGUCACUGCAGUAAUUCCAUACGGCUGCCGCCUUAUCUCCCGCACAGCUUCUAUUUCACCGCCUUUAUAUUCUGGGGAACGCUGUGCCGGACAAAACCUUCUCUUCUCUGCAGCGCUUCAGCCCGGGCCGCGCUCCUCCCCCCAUCCCAGCCCCUUCUCCAUCUCUCCGCACGCAGCAUUCCCAGGAAGGCCGCGCAGGUCCACCUGGACCGGCUUCCCAGCCCGGUCCCGUAUCGCUGCGCUGGGGCCGUGCCCGGCUCUGGGAGCUGUUGGCGGCAGGAGGGACGUCCUGCUCCGCAGCACCGGGUUUCGCUGGGCCGGCGGCGCGGCUUUAUCUGUCCCCGAGUGCUGGCAGCAGGCACGGUGCGGGUCAGAGUCCCGGAGGACUUUGCCGCACCGCCGCCCUCAUCCCAAAGCAUUCCCGUGCCAGGCGAGACGGAUCCAAAGGCCGCGGCGCCGGCAGCACUGCGGAGGGGAAUCGGGACAGGGAAGUGUCGGGCACUGGUGAGGCUGUGAGCACCCGUUCCAUCCCUGCUGUGUGUGCCCGCUGUCAGCGGGUCCUGGGCACCACGCAAAGAUGACCACCUCGGCCCUGCGCCGGCAGGUGAAGAACAUCGUGCAUAACUAUUCAGAGGCGGAGAUCAAGGUGCGAGAGGCCACCUCCAAUGACCCCUGGGGACCCCCCAGCUCCCUGAUGUCGGAGAUCGCGGACCUCACCUUCAACACGGUGGCCUUUGCCGAGGUCAUGGGGAUGAUCUGGCGACGGCUGAAUGACAGCGGCAAGAACUGGCGGCACGUGUACAAAGCCCUCACCCUGCUGGACUACCUCAUCAAAACCGGCUCCGAGAAGGUGACCCACCAGUGCCGGGAGAACCUUUACACCAUCCAGACGCUGAAGGACUUCCAGUACGUGGAUCGUGACGGCAAGGACCAGGGCAUCAACAUCCGGGAGAAGGUGAAGCAGGUGAUGGCGCUGCUGAAGGACGAGGAGCGGCUGAAGCAGGAGCGGGCGCACGCGCUGCAGACAAAGGAGCGCAUGGCCCUGGAGGGGAUGGGCAGCGGCAGCCAUCAGUCCACCUACGGCCGCCGCGCAUCGCCCUACGGGGACGACUAUGGCCGGACGCGGGGCUCACCCUCCUCCUUCAACUCGUCUUCCUCAUCCCCACGGUUCGCCUCUGACCUGGAGCAAGCGCGUCCCCAGACAACGGGUGAGGAGGAGCUGCAGCUGCAGCUCGCCCUGGCAAUGAGUCGGGAGGAGGCCGAGAAGAAGCCACUUCCUCCAAUUUCCAGUACAGAUGAAGAAAGGCAAUUGCAGCUAGCGCUCGCGCUGAGCAAAGAGGAGCAUGAGAAGGAGGUGAGGGCAUGGCAAGGGGAGAACUCCCUGCUGCAGAGAGCCUUGGAGGAGACUGCCCAAGGUGGGGAGGAAGAGCAGGAAGAGGAUAAGAUGAAGAAAAGCCAGUCCUCUAUCCUGGAGCUGGCAGAUAUAUUUGGGCCGGCACCAGCUCCUUCCAGCCACACGUCUGCUGACCCAUGGGAUAUGCCAGAUAUGAAACCCAAAGCGGAGCCAGCAGCCUGGACUGGCACAGCAGACCCCUGGGUGCCAGUGCUAUCCAGCAGUGGGGAGCCCAUGCCCCAGGCAGGCACUACAUCCCAGCAAACAGCUGCUGGGCCCUGGGAUUUCCCCCCUGCCUCUGCUGAUCCAUGGGGGAAGGCGGCCGCCUCGUCUGGCUUCACCCCUGCAGACCCCUGGACAGCCACGUCCCCACUGGCCCAGGGCUCCGGCGCUACUCCAGCCACUGACCCCUGGGCUGCUGUGGCUGAGCCUAACCCUAACCCUGCUUCAGGGGGGGAUGCUUUCGACCUGUUUGCAAAGCAACCCGAGGCAGCUGAGCAGCCGGAGAUGGAGCAUUCGCAGCCGCCCUCCUCGGUGAAGUCCAGCAGCCCCGCCGAGCUGGACCCUUUUGGCGACCUGUUCCCCGGCACCAAGCAGGACCCAGCCAAGAGCUUUGACCUCGCGAACCUGGCCGACUCGCUGCCCGAAUCCUGCAAGGAGCGGAAGGACUGUAAAACCCCCGAGGCUUUCCUCGGCCCCGCCGCCUCCUCGCUGGUCAACCUGGACUCGCUGGUGGCACCGCCGCAGGCCGCCAAGACGCGCAACCCCUUCCUGUCGGGUCUCAGCACGCCGUCCCCCACCAACCCCUUCAGCCUGGCCGAGCAGCCCAAGCCCACGCUCAACCAGAUGCGGACCGGCUCGCCGGUGCCCGGCCUGCCCGCCGCCCUGCCCGCCAACGCCAUGACCUACAGCGCGUCUCUGCCGCUGCCGCUCAGCAGCGUCCCCGCCGCCCUGCCCGCCUCUGCCAGUGCCUUCCCGCAGGCGGGGGCUGGGCCGUUCCCCGAGCUGCCCGGCGCUUUGCCGCAGCCUCUGCUGCCGCUGAGCGGCCCCCCGGCCCCCCAGGGAGGGCUCAACCCCUUCCUCUGAGGGCUGCGGGCCGGCACCGCGGGCGGGCUCUCGCUCCUUCCCGGCCGUUCCGCCGCCGCUCCCACCGCCGGGGACGGCAAGCAGCGCGAGCCGCCCGCAGGAACCGCGCCCGGAGCGUCGGCGGGCUCCGGGACUGUCCGCUCUGCGCGCAGCGCCUCGGUGCGCGGCCAGGAACGGGGCGGGGGGCGGCCCUGGGGCGGACGGACGGUGCCUCCUCUUCGCUCUGCUGCCCUGGAAACGCACCGUUCCUCUUAACGUGCUGCCCUCUCCCCGCGGCUCUCGGCCGGUUCGCGCUCUCCCCGCUCUGGAUGUUAUUCCGCUUGGGCACCGUGUCCCCGCUCUCCAGCCCGGGUCAGCCCCGGCUGCGAGCCCUUCGCAGUCCUCCGUGCCCCCGGAUCCCGUGCAGAGCCCGGGCCGGGCGCUCCGCCCUACGGGGAGCACCGGGAGCAGCGCUCGGUGCCGCGGGCAGCGCUGCUCGGGGGGGCGGGCGUUGCGUCGUGCUUCAGCGCGUGCAGCCGGCAGCGUUGCUCCACGCGGGGUGACUCCGCGUCCGGAACCGCCGCGGCCGCCCCGGCAUUCGGGAACCGCGAGCUGACCGCCACAA